CAUCCACACGAAUACUCUCUCCAUUUCUCCCAUCCUAUUGUCCAGGUGGCUAUGGAGAUGUCUAUUGCACAUGUAUGUACCUCCAUGCGAAUCCCAGUUAAUCAUACCCUAAUUACCUGCCAUCGUCAUCCAAUCCCCAAUCUCUCUCGGCUGCCUCGGUGCCAGCGAUGCUAGCGUGUCCAUCGUAGCCGGGACCGGGGAGCUCCAAUCGAAUCUUGGUUUCCCAUCAGAAUACAUUUGCGGAUUCGUUACACGCGAUAACUUGUGAUCUUCUUGUGGUUCAACUAGACAAUCAGUAAUCAGUCUUCGUUUGACUUCUGGCUGAUUGCACCAUACCCUACUCACCUCCCAAUCUCUCUCCGUCACUUCCUAUCACCACAGUUGGGCCAUUGCCCUCGCCACCACAACCGAUGCUGUGAAUCCCUUCAUCAUAUCGUUUGCAAGGAAAGAGAAAACAUGUUAGGAGCUACCCGUCGCUGGUUCAAGCGCAAUCGCGCGAACCUCGCCAUCGGCGCUGGCGUGCUCGGCGCAGGUUAUCUAGCCGGGCAAUAUGUCGUAUCCAAACUCAUGGAGGCGAGACAGCGGAUGAGCGAUGACCGGAUCGCCAAGGAGAACCUUCGAAGACGUUUCCAGCAAAACCAGGAAGACUGCUCCUUCACAGUCCUCGCCAUCCUCCCCACCGCUACCGAAAACAUCCUGGAAGCGCUCCCCGUCGAAGACACGCUCGCGGAGUUGCAGAAGCAGAAAUCGGAGCGCAUCGCGAGAAGCGGCGCGGGAUCCGAGGCGGCGUCGUCGGUUGGGAUCCUAUCCGGGCCGGGCAGUACGACGGAUGAUGAUGCGCGAGGAAGCCUGCCGUCUGGGAGCGAGAGCUUCAUGCAUACCAGCCAGCUGGAGCAGAGCAUAGGGGACGGUGUGGAGGGGCGGGAAAUCCCGCCGCAGCCGCUGAGGUCGAAGAAGAGCAAGUUGCAGCUGUGGGGGGACAUGAAAGUAAACUCGAUUGCUAGAUCAUUUACUCUCCUCUAUACUCUGGCGCUUUUGACGCUUCUAACGCGGAUUCAAUUGAACCUGCUCGGAAGGAGAAACUACCUUGCCAGCGUGGUAUCGCUAGCCGCUCCUCAACGACCAGAACCGCGGAUUACACUCGAAGACAACGAUGACGACAAUUUCGAGCGGGCAUAUGGCAACGACUUCGAGACCAACCGAAAAUACCUAUCGUUCAGCUGGUGGCUGCUGCAUAAAGGAUGCAAGGAUCUCAUGGAAACGGUCAUUUCCGCCGUGACCGAGGUCUUCGGACCUGUCAACCUAAGAGAAGACAUCACAUUGCAAAAACUGUCCGAAUUGACCAUCGAAGUCCGGAAGAAGGUUGAGGGUGCCACCGAGGAAGAAAGAAGAACCAAAAAAUGGCUCCCCUUUCUCCUCCCCCCACCCUCCCACGAAGCCUACCUCCUCCACGAGUCCGGGAUGAUCUCCCCCUCCUCCUCCCCCACUACCACUGCUUCCACCCCCCUCAUCUCCCCCUCCCUCCGCCGCCUCCUCGACGAAACCUCCGACCUCAUCGACUCCCCCCCUUUCUCCUCUGUCCUCACCCAACUCCUCGACGCCGGCUUCACCCACCUCACCCACAACAAAAUCGCUCCCCAAGCCUUCCGCAUCCCCCCCGUCUCCGCCUCCGCCGAGCGCAUCGUCGAGCUCGUCGACCCCGCCAACGCGAAGACCAAGAUCGCAAGCACCUUGCCCGUCUACCUGCGGCAGGCGCACGCCAUCGGCGCGGGCGAUGUCGGCGGCGUCGGUGCGGAUCAGGGUCUCGGGCUUGCGGGCGCGUUGACCGGGGUGAGUGAGGCGGGGACGCAGGCGCCCGGGUCAAAUGAGUAUUUGGCGGCGAUGGAGGCGGUGCGCGAGUUGGAGGCGUUCGCAGCGGUGGUGUAUUCGUCGAACUUCGAGUAUGAGGUAGCGGAGGCGGCGCCGGAGGGGGAUGUGGUUGGACGGGUGGAGAGGUUGGAGGUGCCCGGUGGGGUGGAGAGUCGGCCGAGUACGGCGGGGACGGGGAUUUGGGGGAUGGUUGGAGGUGGUGUUGGGGAUGAGAGGAGGGGAGAGGUGGAGGAGAUUGUGGAAGUGGAACCGGAGGAGGUGGUGGGUGGAGAGGAGAGUAUGGUGGGUGCGGAGAGUGGGUUUGAGGCGGCGUGGGGGAAGGCGACGAUGGCGAGCGAGGAAGUGAUCCCGUUGGCGAAGGAAGAAGCACUGGUGGCGAAGGAGGAAGAGGUGCCAGUCCUAGUUGAGAAGGAGGUGGGACCUGAGGUCGUGGAGAAGCCUGAAGAGGUGGAGCCUGAGGUCGUGGAGCAGCCUGAGGAAGUGGAACCAGAGAUCGUGGCCAAGCCUCAGGUGGAACCUGAAGUCGUGACCAAACCAGAGGAGUUAGAACCUGAGGUCGUGACCAAGCCGGAAGAGGUGGAACAGGAGGUCAAGAACGUGGAGCCAGUGGUUGUGGACAAGGAGGAGGAGACGGAGAGGGAAGUGCACGUGGUGGAUAAACACGACGCGGGUAAGGAGGAACAGGAGGUGAAAGUGGAAGGUAUCGAAGGCAAGCAGUAAAGAGUGAUGACCUCCUUUUUCCGAUUCCUAGCUCGAAGUAAACUUGAGGGAUAUCUAUCGACGAUAUCUAUCUACGAGUCACUCCACGGUUUAGCCAGUGGAUUGGCUCUAGGGCUAUAUCCGACUCCUCUGUUGACUACACUUGUAUCAUAGACACCAUACAACUAUACUACUGGCAGACCUUUGCUUGAUUUGUUACUUUUCCUUGAACUAUUUC